ACAUAUACUCUUUGCCUUGUUCAUCUGUGUCUUCUUUACCAUCCGAAUCUGCACGAGAAAUUAAGGCCGAGAAAUCUUGACGCGAAAAUCUCUCUCCAAUGGAGUCUUGCCCUUCCGUAAAGAACAUCUUACUUUUGGACUCAGAAGGAGCUCGUGUAGCUGUGAAGUACUAUUCAGAUGACUGGCCAACUAAUAGUUCUAAGGAAGCAUUUGAAAAGUCUGUGUUUACCAAGACCCAGAAGACAAAUGCACGGACGGAAGCGGAGAUAGCAAUGUUUGAGAGUAAUAUUGUCAUCUACAAAUUUGCUCAAGACCUUCACUUCUUUGUUACUGGGGGUGAUGAUGAAAAUGAGCUCAUUAUCUCCACAGUUCUUCAGGGUUUCUUUGAUGCAGUCAGUCUUCUGCUUAGGGGUAAUGUGGAUAAGAAGGAAGCACUUGAGAAUUUAGAUCUCAUUUUAUUGUGCCUCGAUGAAAUUGUUGACGGCGGAAUCAUCCUGGAAACAGAUGCAAAUGUUAUUGCUGGUAAGGUUGCAAGCCACAGCGUAGAUUCCGGAGCUCCUCUGUCUGAGCAGACAAUAAGUCAAGCACUGGCAACCGCACGCGAACAUCUUACAAGAUCUCUCCUCAAUGUAUGAGGAUGACGAGGACGAUGAUGAUGAUGAUGAUGAUGAUGAUGAUGAUGAUGAUGAUACAGUUUGAGUUGAACAAGCCCAGUUUCUUGAUUUUUCUGCAGCAGGGUAACAAUUUGGACAUUACUUUGCAGUUGGUUUCUUGAAAAUUAGACAUAUAAAAUGGUUUCUUCAAUUCUUUUGGUUGUGUUUCUUAUAGAGCAUUCUCAUCAACUUCAAAUGGGUUUCGUGAAAAAAGUCGGUUUCGGUUUUGUUUAGAUAAUUACUAUUUGAUGAAUUUGAAUAUUCUUCCAUGAAUGUUGUGUAUUUUCAAUAGUUAGAAAAUAUGAUAAAACACAAAUUUUCUGCAGUAA